GUUUUCCGUACGGAUCUGAUAACAGCCAUGAAGAUCCCCGACUCCUUCCAGCUGAGCCCCGACGAGUACUACGUUCUGGCCGAUCCCUGGAGGCAGGAGUGGGAGAAGGGUGUCCAGGUGCCAGCGAGUGCCGAGGCCAUCCCCGAGCCCGUGGUCAGGAUCAUACCGCAGCUGGAGAACUCGCCUUCCCAGGUUUCACCGAGUAGCCUGCCUGGCUCCGAGAUUUCGGAAGCUACGAGGACUUACUUGCAAGGAGUGAGCCGCUAUGACCUGGACGAGCUCGAUGCUUGCUGGUUGGAACUUGUCAAUAUGGAGCUCAAGGAGAUGGAAAAGCCCGAGCUGGAUGAGAUCACCCUGGAGCGAGUGCUGGAGGAGCUGGAGACCAUGUGCUACGAGAACAUGAACAUCGCCAUCGAAACGGAGGAGGGCUUGGGCAUCGAGUACGACGAGGACGUGGUGUGCGACGUCUGCCGCUCGCCGGAGGGGGAGGACGGCAACGAGAUGGUGUUCUGCGACAAGUGCAACGUCUGCGUGCACCAGGCGUGUUACGGCAUCCUGAAGGUCCCCAUCGGGAGCUGGCUGUGCCGGACCUGCGCCCUCGGCGUUCAGCCCAAGUGUCUGCUGUGCCCCAAGAGAGGGGGAGCGCUGAAGCCCACCCGGAGCGGGACGAAAUGGGUCCACGUUAGCUGUGCCUUAUGGAUACCUGAAGUUAGCAUUGGAUGUCCUGAAAAAAUGGAACCCAUUACGAAGAUCUCCCAUAUCCCAGCAAGCAGAUGGGCUUUGUCCUGCAGCCUCUGCAAGGAGUGCACUGGGACAUGCAUUCAGUGCUCCAUGCCAGCCUGUGUCACCGCGUUCCACGUCACCUGCGCCUUCGACCACAACCUCGACAUGCGGACUAUUCUAGCAGACAACGACGAAGUGAAGUUCAAGUCCUUCUGCCUUGAGCACAGCACCGGUGCCACCAAGUUGCCCGAGGAGGCACGGACAGAGCCCCACCAAGCCCAGCUGGACUUGGAGAAGGUCACGCUGCGGAAGCAGAAGCUCCAGCAGCUGGAGGAGGACUUCUAUGAACUCGUGAAGCCUUCAGAGGUGGCAGAGAACCUUGACUUAAGCGAAUCACUGGUGGAUUUUGUCUACCAGUACUGGAAACUGAAGAGGAAAGCAAAUUCCAACAAACCGCUGCUGACACCAAAAACGGAUGAAGUGGACAACCUGGCCCAGCAAGAACAGGAUGUUCUCUACCGACGCUUGAAGCUCUUCAUGCACCUCAGGCAAGACCUGGAGAGGGUGAGAAACCUCUGUUAUAUGGUGACGAGACGGGAGAAGAUGAAACACACCAUUUGUAAACUCCAGGAGCAGAUCUUCCAUCUCCAGAUGAAGCUUAUUGAGAAGGACCUUUACCCAGAACAAACUGGGAAGAAGACAAAGGGUAAGAAAAGUGACCCGAGAAGGAAAGGAAGAGAUGGUAGAAAAAGUAGUCCCGAGAAGAAAGAGAAAAGGAAAUCGGUCAACGAAUCUGUUUUGGGACAACUGGGCUUGUCAACCUCCUUCCCCAUCGAUGGGACCUUCUUCAACAGCUGGUUGGCGCAGUCGGUCCAGAUCACGGCCGAGAACAUGGCCAUGAGCGAGUGGUCCCUCAACAACGCCCACCACGAGGACAGCACCCCCGGCCUCUCCGAGGAGCUCCUCCAGGAUGAGGAGACCUUGCUGAGCUUCAUGAUGGACCAUUCCCUCCGGUCCCCGUUCAAGCAGAGCGAGGCCACCAAGAAAGUGAAAAGCAAAACGAGAACGAACUCUAAGAAAAAGCUGCCCAGGAGCAGCCCCCCCGCCGUGGGCGGGAGCCACCUGGAGAGGAGGGGCGUUGUCCCAUAAGCUGGCGAUCCUCCCCCCCCGGCCGGGGCGAGAGGCUGCGUCGGUGAGGAGGAGGAGGAGGAGGAGGAGGAGACGCCGUGCCGUGCUCAGCCGGAGCCCAGCCCCGCGGCCAAAGUGCCUGACUCCGUAGGUAGCCCCAAAACCGUCGUGCGGUUCAAAUUACCAAAGGAGAGCCGAGGGACUCGGAGGUCGCAGCCCCCCAAGCCCGACGGCGCCGGCGGAGCUCCCUUGCGUCGUUUCGACGCCGAGACGGACGGCUACUUCUCCGACGCAGAGAUGAGCGACUCGGACGGGGAGUCCCGCGGCGGCCGGGCGCAGCGGGGCCAGCUGGAUGCGGCCAGCGAGGACAUCGUCAGGAUGAGCAUCCUGGCAUCCUAA